GGCGAAGCUUGAAGGAAGUUUGGAAGUUGCACUCGUCUCAUUCAAACUCAGGAGCCCGACGGCACAGACCUGCAGCCGUCACACAACAUGAAGGACAUGAGGAUGCUGACUCUGCCUCUUCUCUUCACUUUACUGCACAGCCCUUUCUGCGUGUCGGUGACCGUCAGCAGCAGCAAACCCAAGGUGGAGGUUCAUGAGCACACGGACGCCGUCCUGUCCUGUGAGUUCAGGACAGAGAAGGACCAAAACCCUCGAAUCGAGUGGAAGAAGAGAGGAAAGGGAGUGACGUUUGUGUAUUUCAACAAUAAAUUCACCGGCUCUUACGCAGGACGAGCUACAAUAGAAGGCGCGACGCUGACCAUCCACUCCGUGAGCCAGAAGGACUCGGGCGAGUACCGCUGCGAGGUGACGGCCAGCGACGACCACGUGAACCUGGGGGAGGCGUCGGUGAGCCUCAACGUGCUCGUGCCUCCUCAUGUUCCGUCCUGCGAGGUGCCGAGCUCCGUGUUCGUGGGCUCGGGCCUGGAGCUGCGCUGCAAAGACAAGCUGAGCGUGCCGCCCGCCACGUACCGCUGGUUCAAGGACAACAAGGCCCUGGCGGCCACGGCGGACGCGCCCUACAGCCUGGACCCGCACAAGGGCACGCUGAAGUUCCAGAGCGUGUCCAAAAACGACGCCGGGAUGUUCCGCUGCGAGUCCUCCAACAGCGUGGGGGCGCCCAAGAGCUGCGUGGCCCAGCAGCUCAAAGUGAUUGACUAUCCCCUGAAUAUGACCAUCCUGAUCGCAGGAGCUGCAGGGUUCCUGAUGCUCACCCUCUUCGUCUGCUUCUGUGUGUGCGUCUGCAAACGUGGAGGCUGCUGCAACAAGCACAAGAAUGACAGAAGAACCAGGUCCUACAAGCCUCCCCCUCCUCCUCCUCCCACCCGCAACCUGAAGCGCUACAAACCAACCCAGUCCUUCAUGGUCUGAUAGUGGAACGCUCCGUAUGAUCCACCCAUGAUCUAAAUACACGGCCACUUCCUGUACGUCCUGUCCUGUGUGCCGCUGCCUUGCUCUAGGGCCCUACCCACACUCCUCUGGGACCGACACACGUCGAGCACAAACAGAGUUUACCAAGGUUUUGAAUGUUUGAGAAAUGAUCAAAAUGUCCAAACCUUCCACAAACAGAUACUACAUGUUUGAAAUGUUUUUUUCAAUUUAAUUCCUUCUUUUAAACUUGAAUGCUACAGUUAAUGUUGUAUCUUUUUUACCUGCAGGCCAGUAACUGUUCCUCUAAUUUUCUGUAUAGCAGGUUGGAUCUCACUCAUUACCUUCAGGCAGUAUUUACUUAAAGAGAUGUUGUUUUUUAUAUUUUUUAUAUACUUCUUGUGUGUUGAACCUAUUUUAUAAUUGUUUAAUCUUUGGUUUAAAUUUAAAUAUUUUGAACUAUGUGAGAAAUGAACAGGUGUCUUCACACACUGAAUGGUGCUUUAGAAGCUUCGACCACCUUUUGAUAAAAGAAAAAACAUGUUUUAUUGUGUUUUAUGUACAAUAGAAACAUUGCAAUAACAUGAAUUUGAUUAAUCCAUA